AUGUCCAAUACGAAUCCUUCUGAAGCCAUCCCCAUCCCCGACUCUCAGUCCGGCUUGGUGCCGCCUGCAUCUUCGGCCUCCAAACUAUCGACAUCGGCCCCAUCGUCGUCGGCCCUGGCCAACUAUCUCCAGUCUCAGGGCAGCCGUCGCCCUUCCCUCCGGACGCUCCCGGAAUCCGACACCUUCCCCUCAGUGACCCCAACAUCUUCGGCCAGCAGUGGCGGCGGGCCUCCUCGCCAUCAUUUUGCCAACUUUGUCAAAGAGAAGGCAGGCCAGGUUGUAAAGCAGUCGUCCGUUUGGUCCUCCAAAGCCGCCGAGCGGGCUGCUGAGCGCACCGCCGAGUUCUCUGCCAUCGCAAAAGAGUACUCGUCCAACAUCGGCGCCAUCGCCAAAGAAACCUAUUCCGUCGCCAAGCAGAGCCAUAUCGCCAGCGCACUCGCCAAGAUGAAGGAGUUCGACUUCAAGCAUCGCGAUCACAGCAUCAACAACGGCGCCUCGGUUCUUCAGGCCAUCUUUGGAGAGCGUCUCGAGCUUGUUGUCGAAGUCUCCAGGCCGUCGCCUUCGGUAUUCCUCCCGACUGUGGUCUAUCGCUGCAUCGAGUUUGUGGAGCAGUAUGGUCUCGAAGAGGAGGGUAUCUAUCGUGUGCCUGGUUCGUCCUUGAACAUCAACAAGCUCAAAAGCGUGUUUGAACAGCAACCUGAUGCCCAGCUCCCAAGCAGCAGCAACCCCAGUGAUGUAGCGUCCUUGCUGAAGCUGUACCUCCGGUCCCUUCCCGAACCUGUUCUCACAAAGCAGCUUCAUCCCGAGUUCUCACAAAUCUUCAUGAAUACGAGUGCAAGAGAGGGCGACGAUGUGUCGGACAUGCAGGAAGUCGUUCAGCGGGUCCGCAAGCUCUCAGCCAGACUGCCCAUCGAGAACUAUACGCUCCUGCACUACAUAGGCCGGCAUCUAGAUAGAGUGCAGAAAAAGUGCGCCAUCAACAAAAUGACCAUCUCCAAUCUCCAGCUCAUCUUCUCGCCCGCCCUCAACAUCAACAGUGCGCUUCUCAAGAUCUUUGCUCUGAACUGGGAGACCUUGCUCCCGAUGCCAUAUGAAUCCUACGCCGCGGCUACCCCGAGUUCACCCAUUUCCUUGAAUCCCUCCAUCAGCUCCGAAACACUGCGGUCCGUCGAUAUCAUCUUUGACAGUCCGCUGCAGACCACACCCACCACAGCUUCUCCGAUCCGAGCCGUUCCCUCCAGCUCCAAUAUUGCUGUCCCCACCGCUGGUGCUGCUGGUACUGCUGGCGCUGUUUGUGCCGCUAAUGCCGCUAAUGCCGCCUCGACUGUCAAUUCAGCCGGCAAGCCGGCGCCUGCACCCCCUCCCUCGCGGUCGGGGCGAGCGCCGGGGACCCCGACGAUACCCACCCCAGCCAUCCCAACUCGAACUGCCGCAAGCAACUGGACUUCACCUUCUAUGGGUUUUUUGCCUCCCCCCACAGAUGGACGUGCCACAGCCACAGGCGGCUCGGCAAGCUCGUCUGAGAACGUUCUUGAAGACGGGGCCAUCCCUGUCGACCUUGCCAAUCCUCUCCUGCCAGCACAGAAUGGCUCUGCACAGCGGCAGUUAGACUCGGGGCUUUCGAAACGAUCCCAAGUCUCGCUCCGACACAGCCCCUCCGUGUCUGGCCGCACUGCGCCCAUUAUCGGUAACGUUGUGGUGCGUCCAGCCACAGGCACUGCCGACACCGGCUCUGCUGUAACACAGCGGGGUAGGCGGGAGAUUUCGGCGGAUGAUCAGGUCGUCAUGGAUCACAUUUUGGCCCUCGAAAGCCAGGAAAACGAGGACGACAGCAUCGUCGACGAAGUGCUUGAUAGCUUUGGCAUGACGCCCUUCAUCCCGACGCGAAAGCAGUCGGCUACCGCAGCCGUCAUUGGCCUGAGUACCGCGCCUGUACCCUCUGCUUCAACUCCCACCAGCCCCGUCAGCUCCACCACGUUCGUCAUCCCCGUCCGGAACGAGUCGCACAACCUGAUGUAG